ACCACCAGUAGUUCCAACAACCAAACUAAAAAAAGAAAAAUUGAGCCUUGAGUUGAGAUUCUUGAAAGUCUCCAAGCAUUUUCAGUUAUGAAAUGAUUACUUUUUUCAACUUGCGCACAAGCUUCCAUCUUCAGGGUGCACUUUUUACUGCAGUUGAUCUUCACAACUUUCUCCAAUCUACCCUUUAUUCAACGCAACAUGUCUCGGACUACAAUGCAAAGAUCACUGCAUUCUCAAAAGCAGGGAAUAUGGGGGGUGCCCGCCAGCUGUUUGAUCAAAUGCGUACAAGAGAUGUUGUCACUUGGAACGCUCUCCUUACUGGCUACUGGAAAAAUGGGCUUUUUCAUGAGUCUAAGAAACUUUUUGAGUCAAUGCCCGAAAGAAGUGAGGUGUCCUGGAAUUCUAUGAUUGCUGGUUGCAUUGAGAAUGACAGGAUUGAUGAGGGAUUUCGGUAUUUUCGCAUGAUGCCAAGGAGAAAUGUGGCUUCAUGGAAUGCAAUGAUAUCAGGCUUUGUAAAGUUUGGUAUGAUAGAGAAGGCAAUUGAUCUAUUUAAAAAGAUGCCAUAUAUGAAUGUCGUCUCUUGCACGACUAUGAUUAAUGGGUAUCUUCGAAAAGGAAUGGUUCGGGAAGCAAAAGCUUUGUUUGAUCAAAUUUCUCAGAAAAAUAGUGUAACUUGGACAGUGAUGAUUAGUGGGUAUGUGGAGAAUGCGUUAUUUGCCGAAGCUAGGGACUUGUUUGAGCAGAUGCCAUAUAAAACAGUAGUCGCAACUACUGCUAUGCUUACUGGUUACUGUAAAGAGGGGAAAAUGGAGGAUGCCAGGAAUUUGUUUGAUCAGAUUUGGCCGAAAGAUUAUGCUGCUUGUAAUGCUCUUAUAACCGGUUAUUCUCAAAGUGGGAAUGGAGUAGACGCUCUUGAAAUUUUUUCAGAGAUGCUUAGACUUGGUAUUCGACCCGAUAAGACAACUUUUGUUGCGCUUCUGACGGCUUGUUCCACUCUGUCCUCCUUGAAAGAAGGCCGGCAAACUCACUCACUUAUUGUGAAGUUUGGAUUUGAAUCAAACUUAUCCGUAUGCAAUGCUUUGUUGUCUAUGUAUAGCAAGUGUGGAAGUGUUAUGGAUUCAGAGUUGGCUUUUGCAGAAAUUCAAAGCCCGGAUGUUGUUUCAUGGAAUUCACGCUUUAGCGGCUUAGCACAACAUGGUCUAUGUGAGAAAGUGAGUGUACUAUUCAAUGAUAUGUGUGCGAGUGGUAUCACUCCUGAUUCAAUAACAUUUCUUUGUAUGUUGUCAUCUUGUGGUCACACUGGUAGGGUUAACGAAAGUAUGGCUUUGUUUGAUGCAAUGACGAAAGACUAUGGAAUUCACCCUUGUUAUCAGCAUCAUGCCUGUUUGGUUGAUAUAUUAUGUAGAAGUGGCCAAUUGGAGAAAGCAUACGAAACGAUUCAAGAAAUGCCAUUUGAAGCAGGUUGUGAUAUCUGGGGAGCUCUUCUUGCAGCUUGCCUUGUUAACUUGAAUGUAGAAUUUGGAGAAUUGGCAGCAAAAAAAUUAUUGGAUUUGGAUCCCAACUUUUCCGGGGCUUAUAUAAUGUUAUCAAACAUAUAUGCUGGACUUGGUAUGUGGAAGGAGGUUACCAAGGUAAGGUGCUUAAUGAAGGAAAAGGGUGUUAAGAAGCAUAAUGCAUAUAGUUGGAUAGAAAUUGGUGAUCAAGUGCAUGUUUUUGAGGGUUGGGCUGUGUCUCAUCCAGAGAUUGAUGAAAUAUAUUCACAGCUAAAGCAAAUCAGGUUGCAUAUGGUGACUGCUGAAGAUGCUUUGAAUAGAUUGUAAGCAUUUCUUGUUCUUGGAUAAUAAUAUGAAAUAGAUUGUUAGCAUUUCUGGAUGUUCUAUGCAUAUGAGGAUAAGGGAUUUCGAGAGCUUUGCUAUCAGCAGCUGAGAUAUCUAUUGCUGCAACCACGAGACAAGUUCUGGUUAUUGUGCGACUCAAAGAGAAAUGUUGUAUACGAAGUGGUUGAUCGCCUUGAUUCAACUGGUCCUCUAUAGCUGGGACCCCCGACCUGUGAUCAUCUCAAAAUUGAAUAGCAUGGUCUCACUGAAAGGCUCUCAUCUGGAUUCUUCGGUUCAGAGCUGUGGAGAAUUUAAUGGCUAAAACCUAGUGGAUUAUGAAUGGUCGUCUCCCUAAAGGGUUCUCAUCUGGAUUCUUCGGUCUUUCAAAACCCAUUUAGGUUCGAAGUUUCUAACUAGAUCAAAAUGCUUGAUCUUGAUGGAAAACUGUCUAGAUAACGAUAUUCAGCUCAGUGACUAGCAAAUUACUCUAAUUAUCACAUCUGCUUUGUCUCCAUGUCGGCUUUAUAACAGCACUGCGGUCUGUCCUUCUGCGGGCUAUGAACUUGAUCAG